AUGGUGCAGUACGCAUACAGGAAUGAACCGCCUUCGUGUGACUGUGCUGACGGAGCAUUGGCGGCGACGAACCAGUCACUCUUUCCUUCCCUUGCUAUCUGGGGUAUUGCUGGUGCGGCCGCAUUCUCUCUACUUGGGUCUGACGUGCCUAUUGUUCAGAAGGACGUUUUGAGCAAAGUUCCAUUUGUAGGUGGCUACUGGUUUGUCUCUGGCAAAGAUCUUGAAGAAUAA